AGAUAAAUAUUUUACUAUAUAUUUAUUACUCCCAAAGUAGUAUUAUUAUAGUUUUUACUAUCCUAUAUUAAACUUGCUAGCACAAGUUUAAUCUUGGACUCCGGAGCAAGUUCGUGUGGAUACGUUGGAGGCUUCAUACGUUUGGCGCUACGUUCAUCUCCUCAAAACCAUCCCCGACCGUUCCUCCGUUCUCCGUUUUCACCGUUAAGUUAUAUUUGUUGUAAUUUUAAAUACGGCCUGCGUGCCGUGCCUCAUCUCUAUACUCUGGAUGUAAUUCUCUUCUUUACCUCAAAUAUUCUUUUCUCUCGAAAAUUAUAAGAAGAUAAGAAGACGAAGUCCGUUCGUGAUAGAGAAUCCUAAGGAAGACGUGAUGGGCCGGAGAUAGAGAUCUCUUGAUCAAGGCGCUAUCGUUUGUUUUUCUUUAGGAGCCACAAUCAUUUCACGUUUACUUAUUAUGCAUGUGAUAUGGCAAACAACAACACAAACAACCUCGCCCUGCGUUCCAUUCUGGAUAAAGAUAAAUUGAACGGAACAAACUUUGUUGACUGGCAACGCAAUCUCUCCAUUGUUCUCUGCAUGGAUGAGAAAGAGUAUGUGCUCGAAAAGCCCAUUCCUCCUGCCCCUCCCGCUAACGCCCCGAAAGCGGUUAAAGAUGCCUACGAGAAACACGUUAAGGAUGAUAACCAGGUUAGCUGUGUCAUGCUGGCAACCAUGAUAACUGAGCUGCAAAAACCGCACGAGGACAUGAAGGCCCACGAGAUGAUCGUGGCCUUGCGGCAGCUAUACCAGGGGCAAUCCAGGCAUGAACGUUUUCUUGUGAGUAAGGCUCUCUUUAGUUGCAAGCUCUCUUCAGGGAACCCGGUCGGUCCACAAGUUCUCAAAAUGAUUGGUUACAUAACCAAUCUGGAGAAACUCGGCUUCUCCUUGCAGAAGGAGCUGGCAACGGACCUGAUCCUGCAGUCGCUCCCUGAGCUGUAUAAGGGUUUUGUCAUGAACUACAUGAUGCAUGAUCUUGACAAACCCCUUCCGGAGCUUCUUAAAAUUCUCCAGACUGCAGAGGAGAACCUUACUAAGGGCAAGGGUGCUUCCGUCCUUAUGGUCCAAGGCGGAAAGGGGAAGCCGAAGAAGGGGAUUAAGAUUAAGGCUAGGACGGUCGGAAAGCCUAAAUCGAAGUCCACUUCAUCUGCAACCCAGAAACCUGUAGGAGGAGUUGCAAAGGGCAAAUGUCAUCACUGUGGUAAGGCAGGCCACUGGAGAAGAAACUGCAAGACAUACCUCGCAACCAAGAAGAAGGAAGGUACGACCAUUUCUUCUGAGGUGUAUGUUAUAGAAGUUAACAUGUCUAUAUCUUCAUCAUGGGUACUAGAUACUGGAUGUGGGUCUCAUAUCUGUACUACCAUGCAGGGACUGAAGCAGAGUAGACGGUUAGCUCGAGGCGAGAUUGAACUCCGAGUCGGCAAUGGUGCACCUGUUGCAGCUUUGGCAAUCGGAACUUAUAGUUUAGUCUUGCCUAGUGGUCUAAUGUUGGAAUUAAACGAUUGCUUGUACGUUCCUGCAAUUAGCAGAAACAUUAUUUCUGUUUCAUGUCUUGAUAAGAGUGGUUUCAUCAUUUCUAUUAAAGACAAGUCCCUUUCCGUUUACAGAAAGAAUGUUUUCUAUGCUAAUGCCAACAUGACCAAUGGGUUAUAUGUCCUUGACUUGGACAUGCCUCUUGACGCCAAGUCUGAUAAGUGUUUCUUCGUGGGAUACCCAAAGGAAACUCGAGGGUAUUCAUUCUAUCACCCUAUCGAUAAGAAGGUAUUCGUUGCUCGCAAUGGUGUCUUCCUCGAGAAGGAAUUUCUCUCCAUCGCAACUAGCGGGAGAAAGAUAGAGCUCGAAGAAAUUCGAGACGACGAAGAAACUACCGCGCCGGUUCUGGAACAUGAGCUAGAGGAACAAACUGUUGUACCUCAAAAUGCUCAAGAUACACAAGAACCCCGUAGGUCUAACCGGUUACGCACACAACCUGAAAGGUAUGGAUUCCUCCUAACCUUUGAGGGUGACGUAAUGCUUAUCGACCAGGAUGAGCCGGAGACCUACCUCGAGGCAAUCAGUUGUCCCGAGGCUGAGGAAUGGCGUCAAGCCAUGCAGUCCGAAAUGGAUUCCAUGUACACCAACCAAAGUUGGAACAUCCGCUUUCACGAAAUUGUCAUCGGCUUUGGUUUUGAAAGAAAUUCGGAUGAAUCUUGUGUAUACAAGAAGGUCAGUGGGAGUGCUGUAGUCUUCCUUGCUCUGUAUGUUGAUGACAUACUGCUCAUAGGAAACAAUAUUUCUACUUUAACCACCGUCAAAACGUGGUUGAGUCUCAGUCAAAGUACAUACAUAGACAAGGUCCUCGCUAAAUUCAGCAUGUCUGAGUCGAAACGAGGAAGUUUGCCUAUGGUCCAAGGCACGAGUCUUUCCAAGACUCAGGGUGCUUCCACUCCGGAGGAAGUAGAACGCAUGAGAACUGUUCCUUAUGCGUCGGCCAUUGGAUCCAUCAUGUAUGCGAUGGUAUGUACGAGACCUGAUGUCGCCUUUGCUCUGAGUGUCACGAGUAGAUACCAGUCCAACCCUGGCGAAAGCCAUUGGACGGUUGUGAAGAACAUCCUUCAAUACUUCCGUAGGACUAAGGAUGCCUUCCUGGUAUAUGGCGGAAAAGAAGAGCUCAGUAUUGUUGGAUAUACUGAUGCCAGCUUCCAAACUGAUAGAGAUGACUUCAAGUCGUAAGCAGGACUCAACUACUGAAUAAAAGAAUCCUAAUAAAGGAAUUUCUAUUAU